AUGUGCCUUCCAAGCAAGGUAAGGAAGCUUGAUUAUGAUAAUAAUAACAAAUAAUCAAAAAGUUAAAUUAUUUCUAAUUUUAUCCUUGCUAUUUUCUGAUUUCAAAGCCAUUUGUAAAAUUUUUUAAGCUUUUGAAGUUUGUAUGUUGUUUGCUAUUUUCCAAAUACAUGAAACUGAGUUUCGCACUUAACAAGGUGGGAUAGUCGCAAAUAAAUUAACAGCUGACAUGAGUUGUGACUGAUUGAAAGGUAAAUAAUCUUAAAAUCCAUUUUUGGUGAUCUUCCACAUCAAGAAGCCAAUGUCAAGAGAAGAAUGGAAAAUAGAAAAAUAAAUUUCUCCAUUUGAUACCUUUUAUCUUGUGUUUGUUGCUCUGUUGCCUUUGAUUUCGCCACAUGCCAGAAAAGCUACAAGCUUAGUAGGCUAGGAAACUAUUCUAAUCACCUGUCUGAAAACUGAUUGGCUACCUGGUAAUGACUUAUGAGCAUAUGCCUUAAUGUACACAAUGACUGUAAAGCUUACUUACAUAGAUGGAGUAUUUUUAAGUUUUAAAAUAUUUUGAGUGACUUUACAUUUGAAAAAUAUUGAAAGGUACAAGACUUGACUACAGGUUUAAAUGAACGCUUUAAACUUCAAUAUGAUGGAAGACAUCUUGAUGAAAUGGACUGAUAUAAUAUCAUGGUUGUUAUAGCAAAUUGUAGAGGAGGUCCAGCAUAGGUUAAAAAAAAAAUCAUGAAACUCUUGAGCAAAUAUUUGAAAUGAUGACGUUAUUCUCUGGUAAAGAAAGUCUUAAGUCCAAGUGACUAUCGACCUGCUAAUUGAGGAACAAACAGUGAACUCAUGAACAAAGUAAAUCAAAAAUUAUAUGACUCCCACAUUUAUUUAACGCGAAAGAACCAACUCAGUUCAGGUAUAGACUGAAAGGAAUGAACAUGGUAACAUGCUAUGGCAAUUCGAUGGUUCCUACUGAAAGCUUUCGAACAUCAUUAAUCGUACCGAGACAUGAAUAUAAGCCAAAGUUUAAAGCUUAAAAAAAUAAUUAGAGUGAGGUUAUAUUUUUAGCUCUUAGUCAUUAUUGUGAGUUUCUGGAAGAUUCCUUGUCAGUUAUAUCAUUCAACAGCAAUGAAUGAAGAAUAUCGAUUGUACAUAUUAUUGUUGUUUUCAAAUCGUGCUCCAAAUUUUCCUCAACUGUAGCUGUCGCUGCCAUUCCCUUCAGGAAUAUAAUUAUUUUGAGGACAUAAGAUUGUACAGUACAGUACAAAGGUCUUGCAUGGCUGACUCCUUUGUUACUUAAUAUUGGAGUUGACUUCGAAUAUUGCGUCAGUUGUUAGGGUCGAUUGAAAAGUUUAAAUGCAAAUUCAAGAAAAAAAUUUAAGAAAAAAACGCAAUUUUAUCUUGGGUCGCAAUACUUUGACUCUUUCUCAGGGAGAUUACAGGUGAGUUAAGGUAGGGUUACCAACCUUUAAGGCUUUCCGAGAGUUAAAGCAUCAUCGAAUUCCUCCUUUUGGAUUGUGUCUUUGAGUUUGACAUUUUUUUCGUUGUCAAAAAUAUCAAAAUACUUUGUGCAACAUUAUCAAGCGAAGUAGCUACGCGAGACAUUCAAAAUCUUGUCACUCUGACUGCACAGAACUAGCGACCCUCCGAGGCAAAUAUUGUGAUUUGCAUACCAGCUGAUUCAAUGAAUUCGUCCGCUCGAAAUAAACAUCACCCUGACAGCUUUUGUCAUUCUCAUGUUCUGAUUGGCUGAUAUGCCGCACACACCCUCAAGUUGUCAAUUUUUUUGUCUGACUCGCCCAAAGAUUGCUUCGAUUACUCCUGAUCAAUCAUAAACUCGUUAUUCAUUCGCGAGUGUCGCGACAGCCACUGUGGAACUUUUUGGUGACUCACUCCUUCCUCACUUUUUGUCGCAUCCUUCCCAACAAGUGUUUCCUGGUUAGAUCGCAUUUGAAGGUAAAUUUGCUCUCGUUAAGAUCUUGAUGUUUUUAUUCAUGCAUUGCGUCUCGUCUCAUCAGAUGCUUUGUGAUCUUGGUUAUGUCUGAGUCAUGAUAAAAAUAUCUUGUAUGUUAAAGGAAAAUCGAGUCAAAUCGCCAAAUUGUUUGAUUGUGAGACGCACAGGUGCCAAAAGAGGGUCGAUGUUAAAAUUAAGAAAAAAAUACACAAACUUGAAGUUUUGCGGUACUUCGUUGGCGAGAACAUUACAUCAGCAUCCUAGGACGUUCAAUACCAACGCCAUAUGCAAGCACAAAUCAUCCGCGAUCGGAAUAUCGGGCGUUUGAUCGAGACUUCUAUCGAGUCAUCUACAAAGUCCUCUGAAGCAAGCCGUCUGUGCAUGUUCAAAACAGAAACUAAAAACUAGUUGAUUGCAUGUGUAUGAAAUCUGUUACGUUUAAAUUUGCCUAUUUAUAAGAAUUUGACAGUUCUCGCUGACAGACCACGCUGCCAUGCCUAAAACUGAAAAUACAAGGCGUGAAACUUUUAAAUUCUCAGUCAUCUCUCGUCGUUCGGAUUUUUUAACUUCGAACACUUGAUCAGUGUAACGAGUGCUAAUUUAUGUUUUUGCGAGCGCUUUCGUUUUUUUUCUUCUCAUUGUGUAUAUUACCAUUUUAGUUUUGGAAUGCCGCUAGCAAUCCCUGACCAAGUCGCCAGCUAGGUUCAAAACAAAUUCAUGGCAUGUUCAUUUCUGUGUAAGUUUCGCUUUGACAAGCAUGCGUUAGAGACGAGGAACCUUUGAGCAAAAAAAAAAAUUGCGUAGUUAUCACUAUGUAGUUCGAAGUAUUGUCACUUGGUUGGAAUGAUUACUUAACAAUGUACUCUUAUGUAGGAAACUAUCCAAUUUGAACAGUAUUACUUUUGACGGAGUAAACGAAAUUAAUUAGAUCUCUGAGCUGUCAUACGCAUGAAUUGUACUGUGUUCAAUAUAAGACCAAUUUGCGUGACAGAAUUUUUUACACAUCUGAUAACAUUCUGUUGAUGAAAAGGUAGAAUCAAUUUGAACGAAAGUACACAAAUUAUGUUCUUGUCACAGUGAUAUUGACAUCAAUGUACUGCAAUAAGUACAGAUUUUAAGGAUCUAUUUAAAGGUCAUGUUUUUUCCCCCAAGCAAAAUGUUUACUUGGGAAAAUUUAGACUCAAGUUACCGAUUGAAAUUAUCUCUCGACUGUGGGGUCAAUAACCGGCAGUAUUUACUGAUUUCAAUAAAUGGCCACACCCUGACAGCUUUUUACAGAUAGUGUUUCAAAGGAGGUCUCAUGGUUAAGUCCCACUGUUGUGAAUAGACAACUAAUUUGCAUUGGACCAGUUAAGACUUUUUCCACUGACAUUCUUGGCACUGCUAAUAUUUAAAUUGAAGGUUAUUUCACAGACUGGUAUAUUUUCUGUGUAAGGUUGUCUUAGGACUGAGUUACAAAACAUAUCAAGAAAAUGAAAAUAAUGUGUAGGUUGAAAUUUAUGUGAUGUUUAAAAAACAAAUUUUUCCUGAGUAACUACCUCCACAAACCCACUAAUCAUUUAUAACAUGAAAUCAGUUUACUGGCCUAAAGGCCCAUACUGCCCAAGUUUGGUUGAUCUAGACUGCUUACAUAAUUUUUUUUUUCUUUUUCCCUAAGCAGUCACAGAAUACUUUACUAUUAAGUAACAUAUCCCUGGAUGGUUAACAGAAAUGGAUUAUUAAUUGAGAAACAUAUAAUGAAAAGAAAAACACCAUAUUGUUUUAUAUUGUUUUUCUAAAAAAACUAGUGACAGAAAAUGAAAUUAUUCACAAAUAUUUUCUUAUAAGUUCCACAAAGUCACCCUUGAUUUUCUGCAAUAGAUUGAUUGGUUCUUAUUUCAUAAUAUUGGACAACUAUGAAAACCUCAUGCCGAGUGAAUCCCUAAGAUGAUUUUGUAAUACAUUGUUGAGAGCCCCCAUUGCUUAAAUGACCCCUUAACCCUUUUGCUUCCAAGAUCUCAUCAGUAAUUCUCCUAACUAUCUGCCACACAAUUCUUAUGGUGUUAGUUUGGAGAAUUUGGUAUUGGAUCAACUUGUGGUCCCUUGACUGAGUUUUCUUCUUUCUUCUCCUCACUUGUCUGCUUGAUAUUGCAUUGACACUGUAAGGAGAAAUUCUCUCUUGGUUACCCAUGGGGAGUAAAAGGGUUAAUUAUUGGGCCGUAUAUUUAUCACUGAGAAUCUUAUUUUGCUCAUGAGUGGCUUAGACUUAACAACCCUUUGAUUUCCAUGAAAGAUGGGAUGACUCAGUUGUUAGUGUGCUGAAAUAUCAGUCAAAAUAUUGGGCUGAGUCAUUGUGUUGUGUUGCUAGGUGAGGCACUAUACUGUCACAGUGCCUCUCUACACCUGUACCUAAAUGGGUGCAGUCAAACCUCAAUUAUCCAGACUUGUGGCAACUGGGCUUAAUACUCUGGAUAAUCAAGAGUCCAAAUAAACAAAAAUAUGUAUACAAAUGUUUUUAGAUAAUAGGACCAGAGAGGCAAGUUCAGGUAAUCAAAAAAUCUGGAUAAUAGAGGUCAGGUUAAUCAAGGUUUGACUGUACCAACAAACUGUAGGGGAAGCUUAAUGACAUGGGAGUAGGGGGUGGGUAACCCUGCAAUACACUUGAAGCUAUGUAACGACUGGAGUUGCAGUUCUCCCAAUUGUUUAUGGUGACAGAGACUGAGUUAAACUCUAGCAGGCCUUUUAGUUCUACUCUGACUUCACCUUUAUAACAGUUGGUUAGUUAAUUGAGAUAGCUUCUCAGGAAAAAUUGUGUAAAUUGUAAGGUUCAUUUUAAUUUUCAGUUUCUUGAAAUGAUUUGUAUAUUAGUCCUAAAAAUAUUUUUUUAUUGUUUAAAGGAAUAAACCUAAUUGAAAUUUCUCUGUAAUGGUUAGCAUUUAAGUAACUUUCCAUUCUAAGGGACCACUGACAUAGUAUAUAAGGAAAAGAGUUGAAUAACGUCGGAUUGGGUUUGAGUUUCACCCAAUUAUGAAAUCUUGGGAUAUCUUCAGAUCUUGGAUGAUUUGCAUGUUUGCAAAUUAUGUGUAUUAAGAUUAUUACCUUUAGUUCUCUUUUUUUAUUGUGUAAGUUAGUUUGGCAAGAGGUUUUCUUUGUAUUACUUUGUAAAUUGCCUCAAUUCGACAUUCUUAAUCUUUUCUACAAAUUUGUUUUGUUUCUCUUGUUUGUGGAAGGUUACAGGAUUUUAUUGCGUGCUGCAUAGGGCUAAUUUGUAUUUAAUUUGUGUGUAUUUGUUAAAAACCGUCUGCCUAAUUAUUUAUCAUAAAUUGUACAGAGCAGAAUUCAGCGCCUUGUUGUCUAUUGUUCUUCAUUGCUUGUAUUUCGGUGGCUGACGGCUUAGAAAUACAUUUGAAUGCAUCCGUAGAAAAACUAUUUAGAAAUUCAAAACCGCGAUUAAAAUUAAUGAAGGAGGUAACUGAAUGGAUAUUGGAGGCGUUUUAAAUCUAAAUUUCAUGCUAAGGUCAAUUUUGGUGGACAAAGUUUAGGUCAACUGUGUAAUGGAACAAUUUCCGUUAUAUAUAUAAAAAAACUUUAAGGUUUGGCAGGCUGGGUUUUUUUCGGUAGCUUUGGUUCAAAAAGAAUGUGUCACUGAGGUAUAACGAGUGGCCCUAUUUUGUCUCUGGUAAUCGGGUUGUUAUAUUUUUACAUAAUUUUAAUGAAAAUAACAUGUUUUUCGUGCAUUUUAAUAAAUGAACGUUCCCUCCCCUUUUUUAUCGCCGUGUUUUGUCUGUUUUACAAUGUUAGUGCAUGAUCUGUUUUACACCAUUCUGAUGACUCCUACAAAGGUACCUUUACGUGAUUCAUAUCAGAAGCUGGAGGCUUUAGAUGCAAACCACCGUUAAUUUAAAUAUGAUUGCGUGUUGUCGGCAACUGUAGCUUAAUUCUCACUGCAUGAUAUUUUGUUUAAAGUCGCGAUUUCUGGUUUGUGUCAUUGAAUAGAAAGGCAUUCCAAAAGGGAUACGCCAUGUGGUUUUAUUGACUCCAUCCCGGAUAGAGUGUAAAUUUGUCGGCGGUUUCAUUUGGUUGGAAGACAGCUGAGAGUAGCCUCCUCCUCCUUAGCUAAUUGGUUUGACAAUCACGAAUAUACAUUUAUUAAAAAUACCGUUUGUGUUUUACAGCUCUUGAGAACUCUAGUGCUACACCAAGUUCUCAGUCUCCUACCAGUCCACGAAAUUCCAUAUCGACAGGAACUGGAUGCAGAAAGAGUUUGUUCGACAAGGUUAAGAGGAAAGAACAAAUUGGAGUUAUCAGUAGAGGUAAAUAACUUCCAUAAGGUACCCCUCAAACGAGCCGCAAGCAUAUUCCAGUAUUGUCUUAUGCCAUGUUUGAAAAAUGUACAUAUCUGAUGUAAAAAGGCUUUUUGUCUGUAUGUAUUAAUAUUUAAUUUUUUCCGUCUCCAGACUCGCCAGUUUAUUCCUCGCAAGGAAGCUUGAGUCAUCCUUUGGCGUCUCAGUCGACACCAAAUCUAAGAGAAAAGUCUAAAAAGUUGUCUGUUGUCGAAAGUGACAAGAAGGACAUCACCGACGCCAUUCGAAAGAUCGAGUCAUCCGUGUCACAGAACUUAGCUUCAAGGCCCGUUAGUUUCACAAGCAAGACUUUUCAUCAACUGAAAAGUCGUUUUGACAAGGGAAUCUUUGGAUCUAGCAGGCGAACUUCAUCUCCCGAUCUUUCGGUAAAAGGAAAGAGGAUAUUGAGGCGUUUGAGCGACACUUCUGCAAUGGCGGACAUAGCAACCACGCUUUCUUUCGACAGGAUGAACGAAGACCAACAGCAAAUUACCAGUGCUAAUAAUAAUGAUGCCGAUCUGAAACAACCGGAGUCCGGCGAUGAAGCGUUCCCAGGGAAAACAACUGCGCCAAGAGAAGACUUAUUCGGGAACGAAACUCAACAGAGCAACGUUAUGCCACCCGAACAAAUUGCCAUGGACGAGACCGACAGCUCAGAAUCGCGAGGAGAUCUACCUUCCACGGAUCACGCAAAAGAUUCUAAUUGGACUGGAGAUUUGAUAGGUGGUCCAGUAAACGGGAGCGAAAACUUACAACCUGGUGAUCAGGGGAAGACUUCAGUUGAUGUUUCGUCGUUUGAUCCUCUCGCACCGACAGGUGAGCAGGACCAACUAAUUUCGACAGAAAAUGUACCUUCGGAAGUAAUCGAAGAGAGGCCAAAGGCUGCGGACGAUGUUGAAGACGAUGCUGUGGUUGGCAAUGGUCACCUUGAAUUAGAAAGUGUUCCUGGGAUUGUACACGAAACAGCAGAAAUGCACGACGAGCUAAUCACGAUGGAAGCAGAUGAUAGCGCGCUGGAAUUAACACCCCGGAUUGACCUAGGUGAUUUGUUAGCGGACUCCCAACCAGUAGAACAAGUCACACCGGAGUCGCAGGAAUCCACAGUAGAGUCUUCACCUCCGUUUGAGCUAGGAGAUCCCUGGGUGGACACAAAAUCAAUGGAAGCCGAGAAGGAAGGAGAUUUUGUUGAGCCCUCGCCUACGGAGUACCAGAUUUCUGAAGUUGAGGCCACGAAUCCUUUUGAAGAAGUCACAUCUGAUAACCGGUUCGAAGGGAAGGACGUCCAAGAUGUCCCCUCUAUUGAAAUAGAUCCUGUUGAGGAAUCUCCUAACCGGGAAGAAGCUACUCAGUUUGAAGAGCCAGCGCGUAACCAGGAAUCUGCGUUUAAUUCGGAAGGAGAGAUUACCACUCCUGUGUUGGACGAAAUCACCUCUGAAGAGCAGAGUCAGAAAGUAGUCGAGGUUUCUUAUUUAAAAGAGGAUGAAAGUAUGGAGGAAACUUCGAAUUCCAAGAACGAAGUAAGCUUUUCAGAAGAAGAAGCCAAACCUGCAGAACUUGAAGCCACGCCUAUGAUGGAAGAAGCUAAGUCUGUAGAGGCAGAAGUGGAUACUGUAGGGGAAGAAGCUAAGAUUGCUUUGGAAGACGUUCAUUCCGUAGAGGAGGAAUCGACGCCCACGAGCGAAGAAGUAACGCCUGUAGAAGUCGAAGCCAAGGUUACAGAAGAAGAAGUCAAGUCUCUAGAGAAAGGAGUGAAGCCAUCAGAGAUAGAGGCUAGGCCCGCAGAUGUAGAAAUGAAGACUGCAGAGGAAGAGGACCAACCUUCAGAGGAAGAAGUAAAACCUGUUCAGAAAGAAGCCAAGCCUGCAGAAGUCUAUGCUUUUAUGUUUACCGACGAAGGAGUCGCGCCUGUAGAGGAAGAAACUAAGUCUACAGAGGAAGAAGUGAAGUCUUUAGAGGAAGGGUUAAAGGCCUUAGAGAUAGAGACCAUGCCCGCGGAGAUACGAACAAAGACGAAAGAGGAAGAAGGAAAGGGUGAAGUGGAGGAUGUUCGUUCCAUAGAGGAUGAAGUCAAACCUGUUGAGAAAGAAGCCAAGCCAGUAGAUAUCUAUGCUUUAAUACCUACCGACGAGGGAGUCACGCCUGUGGAGGAAGAAGCCAAACCUUCAGAGGAAGAAGUCAAACCUUCAGAGGAAGAAGUCAAACCUUCAGAGGAAGAAGUCAAACCUUCAGAGGAAGAAGUCAAACCUUCAGAGGAAGAAGUCAAACCUUCAGAGGAAGAAGUCAAACCUUCAGAGGAAGAAGCCAAACCUUCAGAGGAAGAAGUCAAACCUUCAGAGGAAGAAGUCAAACCAGUUGAGAAAGAAGCCAAGCCUGCAAAAAUCCAUGCUUUACCAACAGAAAAGAAGACGGGAAAUAGUACAAAAACAAAGCCCCAAUCAGCUGGUGUUAAAUCAGCCAAGUCUCCCACCAAAGCAACUCCAUUAACAGGGCCAGCUGCAGCGAAAAAACAGCCAGGAGCCACAAAGCCUUUAAAUGCAACAUCUAAAAAAGAUGUCAAAGCUCCAGCUACAAAAGUGCCAGCAUCCAAGCCUUCUGUUGCUACCAAGGCGCCGGCGGCGAAGUCAACAGCCACCUCCCCAGGCACAAAGAAACCCGCUGGUAAAACGGCAGCAUCUAAGGUAGAUGAAACGAAGAAACCAGAGAGACCCAAAAGUGCUGCUACAGCUCGUUCACCGACAAAGUCUAGCGUCACUAGCCCCACUCGACCUGUUAGUGCGGUGUCUAAGAAAGUUCCAGCUUCCACCACAAAACCACCUGCCCGCAAGACCCCUGGUGUAGAUUCCACUGACUCUGGAACACCGAAAAGUGCACCAAAAACUAGUGCUGGUAGGCCAGCAUCUUCCAAACUAACACAAAUUAGAACGAGUUCGCCUGCAACGAAGCCCACGGCCACAAAGCCAAGCCGACCUCAGAGUGCAAAGCCUAGCGACAAACCAGACGGUGCAACCAAGACGCCUACCUCGCGACCACAGAGUGCAAAACCAAAGACGACCACUACGACUACAACUACUGUGAAAAAGACAACUACCACCACUAAGACCGGCAUUGCCCCAGUGAAAACUACUACCACAAAAACUGUGAAAGAAGUUAAGAACGGCCCGGUCAAAACUUCCACUACAACCACUAGACCUACAAAACCUUCUUCGACACCCAAAACUGCUGCCAAGCCCACGACGACCAACUUAAAAUCAAAGCCUGGUGUGAAAACCAGUACAGCAGGUGCGAAACCGUCCACAAAAGCUCCGCCCAUGAAGAAAGAAGACGAGGCAAAAGACAAACAGAAACACAUAAAACUGGAUGAACCCGAAUCCAAGGAGGAAAAAGUAGUCGAGCUUGUUACUACCGAAAAACAAAAGCCCCCUGAAAUUGUCGAAGCUGUUUCAGAGGAGAGACCUAUAGAAGGAAGUCCCGAAGAGAAAUUGAUUGAAUUGACACCUGUUUCAGCCUACGAACAAGCUCCCCAGUCGGUCGAAGUCUCUUCGAAGGGCGUCGUCACACAGAUCGUCUCGAGCCAAACGAAGACUGUUGUUGAAGAUGGCGAAGAACAAACGACCACUACAACAACAGAAGAAACUGCCUUUGAACAGUUCGAGGGAGAAAGUUAAGGCUGUUAAGUACUUAGAACUGUAGAGGCGAGGAAAUUCUAAUUUUAUGAGGCCUUCAUAGUUCCAGUCAUGACAGAAAAAGGUCGAAUCAGUCACCUAAAAGGAACCAAGAACAUUUGAAUGAGACCCCAGAAAGAACUAACUGAUCUUACGCUGUAUUUUUCUUGUUAAAACCAUAAGAAGAGGUGUGAAGAAAACAAUAAUUUAAUUUAAAAGAGAAUGUUCAAUUUUCAAAAGCAGCGUAAAUUUUCUCAAGAUCGAAUCGUCGUUUUCUUUUGUAAUUUUGAAACUUUCACAGUCUCUUUAGUUAUGUCUUCGGAAUCAUGGGACUUUCUAAUGUUUGAAACUCUUCUGAUGGUUGUCCUGUGGUCAUGUAAUUUUAUUAAGACGCGUUGUGUGAAAAUUAAGGGGGUUUACUUUGUUCACAAAGGCAAACCUGACUAGUCUUAAGAGAGAAAAGUAUCUAGAAUUGUCUGUAUUUAUACCAAGAUUUGCACAGCCUUUUCAAACGUGCCGUCUAGGUUCAACUUCUAAAGAUUUUCACACGGAACAUGUAUUGUAAGAUGUUAUGUGACAUUUUCAUAAUCAGGGUGUUGUUGAAGAGUGUCCACUAUUAGUCUUUCUGUGUGGGUGUUCUAUUAUCACAGUGUUCAUCAAUCGAAUUGCAACUAUUUAAGAAAAUUAACAUUUUUCAAAUCGAUUUAACUGAGACACUGGGUGACACACCAGUUAUGUAAGAGAGCUUCAAAAACUGAUAGGCUUGUGACAACAAGUGACAUAAAAAUAGGGAAAUAAUGUAUUUUGUGUUUUUGUAAAUAAUAGAGAAAAGAAAAGAUUUCGUAACGUGAAUCAGAGAAAUAAAGACUUAAUUUAAACAGCUAUCUGUUAGUCUCUUGCAGUUUUGUUCAAUCAAAGAAGACUGGUAGAGGGGAGAAAAGGAGGAAUUUCCAAGAUGGCAUCCUAAAUUAGCGUGUCUUUAGUACGAGUACGACUAUGGUUAAGAUUUUAAACUGGAGAGGCCAAAUACCUCUCG